GKCCUCGCUCCAAAUGUAAAUACAAUCUUGCCAUGCCGUCAAAAACUACAGUUAUUUUGUCAAAUUAUCGAUGAAUCUGUCUUUAAGUACUACAUAAAUGUCACUUCCUGCAUUUAGCUAUCCCAAUGAGGAAGAAUWUGAAAAGCUGAAUCAUAAAAAGGCCAAUAGUAUAUUUUGGCAAUUUAGAUUGCCUGGCAGUUCUGCUACCCACAGCGUAAAUUCCAGAAAAAAAGCCAGCAAGAAAAAGAAUGAGUCCGAACUGAGGGCAGCCAAAGAGAAAGAAGUGAGACUAUUGCAACUCUAUGACMUUUGGUUGCAAGUGAAAGAAGAUGAGAGGGAAUUAAAAAAUCAGUAUUUUAAGGAACGAGUUGCUAUCCAGCAUCAGCUGAUUGAAAAGCAAGAUAUUCUGUGGAAAAAGCACCAGGCAAAGAUUGAUUACAGAAACCAUAAGGUCAAGGAAGCCAAUCGUCUAUCCAAGCUUGCUCAGUUAAAACACUAUACUAACUUUGUGAAAGAUGUAUUGGCUCAAGAAAAACUAGAAAAGUCUUCAUUGAAAUCYCACAGUCGUAUCUUAAGCAGCCAUCAACCAGUUCGGAUUCCACUCAUCAUCUCAAACUCACCUUCCAAGGCAACUGAGAUGACUGAUGGUAAAAGCCGCAGUGGAGAAAGUGAAAUUUAUGCUGAGGACGAGAGUAUCUUGUUGUCAGACAACUUCAGUGAUUUGAUAAAUGAGUCUGUAGAAGUACAACUCCACACUCUUUUAGGACCUGAAGCUUUGAACUUUCURAAGCCAACAUUUCGAGAUGGUGCAAAGAAAUCUUUAGAUCCUUUGAUAGAAAGAUAUARAACAGGAGGAAUUGGUGCCCAUCAGUUAUGGGGAACUCUGAGAGGAAAAUCUCACAGGAAGCUAGAGCACGAAGAUGGUAAAAUCCCACAAGAUUUAAAGAAUGCUUACAGGUCCUUCCUAAGAGAGUGCCUUCAUUCUGAUGCUCCAGUGAUCGAGCGAAGUUUCUGUAAGAAUCCUGAAGAGAUUCCAGAAGAAAAGCUCAGUGAAAGUCACUUGAUAAAAGAUAUCAAUCUUGCCCGUCAUCGCCUGGAUYUGAUGUAUCGUGUUGCUCAUAUGAACAAAGACAAGACACGUCUGUUAUUCAAUAAUAUGGAAUCUGUGGAUACUAAAGAAGGGAGUGUACGGCCGCCGAGAUAUGACCCUAAUCAAAUCAAAAMCCCCAAGGUAUCUUUUCUUGCAUUACCGCCAUCUCUUCCACGUAUAUCAGAAGAAAAGCAAAUUAGCAAAAGCCCACGGCAAGAAAAGGACCAAUCUGUCGUUGUUGGAAGAGAAAAAAUCGUCUUCCUUACCGAGAAAAUGGCGACUUGCAAGGGCGAAUUCAGCAAACGGCAUAACGCAGCCGGCUCGUCCAAUGACACAGCGGAAAACGGCCAAGAAUCAUCUCAGAGAAAAUUUAGAACUAUUGUUUCUGCUCCUGCCAGCUCUCAAGGAGARCGGAAUCAGAAGCARKCGCAGGURAAGAAAUGGCAACCAUURAGUCUCAGUGCAYUAUUGGAGUACAAGGAGCCCAUUCCAUUGAUUGGUCAAGGAGAUUUCUUACAAGGACAGACAAGGAAAUGGAAARUUGGCCCAUAGCUAGGAAUGGCUUAAAAGAGCAUAUCCAAGAUACCAAAAAAGAUGCUAAGCUUAGCGUAGURAAACUUGCAGCUUCCCUCAAGGAGGGUCUCGUUGUUUAAGUGCAUAUUGAUUGCUGGCAGAAACGAUCWGUGUCUUUGUGUGCUUUGUUGUUAUCAAGUCGUUCUUGUGUUUCCUUAGCAUAAAAAAUAAUGAACGAUAGUUUAUUGUGAAAAUUUGACGCCUCGUGUAUAUUGAUUUUGAUUGUCAGGUGUGAUCUUAAUUUAUUUGUAUUGAUUUUAACCAUAUAUAUAUAUAUAUAUAUAUAUAUGUACUUUUGUACUUAUGUACUACUGUUUUAACUUGAUACAUAAAUCCAAAAUAUUGUAA